AUGGCUAAUAGUAAUUUAAACUUUGUCAAAAGAAAACUGUCUGCAAAUUGGGAUGCAUUAGAAAAGAAUAUUACACCACUACCUUUCAAGAUGCAAAAUGAAAAAGAUAGAACGAAACAGAAAUUAUCAUUCAAUCAUAUGAAUGAUAAUAUACACACAACCAAACGUGAGGAUAGAGACUUAACCAGAGAGCGCAAUCAUGUUCUUGUCAGUUGCGUAAAGAAAGAACAUGAUUUAAAAAUGAAAAAUAUGAUGGAAGCUCAUAGUUUUAUUAAAGAGGAACAUAAUUUACAAAUCCAAAAAAUAUUAUUGGAAAAAGAAGAAACGCAGCUUCGUGUUGAAAAACUUAAAUUAGAAAUUUUACUUUUAAAAUCAAAAUUGCCACAAUAA